CUGCUAAUAUUGAACUUCUCCAUAGUCUCUUCCCACUAUGUAAUCAACUUGAUUUCUGUGGUGGGAUGGACAAUGAAUUUCAGAGGGAAGAGAAAGUUUAGGAAAAUCUGUGGUUAUGUAAUAGUGGAGACUGCAAUCACGUGGGCCAUAGGUGCUGUACACUCUGCCAUCCAUACCUCCCUCACCUUCCACCUGCUCUAUUGUGGACCACACCACAUCUCUUACUUCUUCUGUGAUAUCCCACCUGUGCUAAAGCUUGCCUGUGCAGAUACGACCAUCAAUGAGAUUGUCAUGCUUGCCAACAUUGGCAUUGUGGCAGCAGGCUGUCUGAUCCUUAUCAUCACAUCCUAUGUCUUCAUUGUGGGAGCAGUGUUGAGAAUCCGCACAGCUGAGGGUCGGCAGCGUGCCUUCUCUACAUGUACUGCCCACCUCACAGUCGUGCUCUUGUACUACAUGCCGCCUGUCUGUAUCUACCUUCAGCCUCACUCCGGUGGAGCAGGGAGUGGGGUCCCUGCAGUCUUCUACACAGUAGUCACUCCAAUGCUCAACCCUUUCAUUUACACUCUGCGGAACAAGGAAGUGAAGCAAGCUCUAGGAAGGCUUCUGUGUCAAGGCCCCCAGGAGUCUCCAGAAAGCAGCCUAAACCCCUAA